AUGGCGGAGGACGGGGACAAGGCCGCGGCGUCUGUGGGGGAGGCAGGAGGCGGAGGAGGAGGGAAGGACGGCGGCGAGGAGGAGAAGAGCGUCAAGCUCUUCGUGGGCCAGGUGCCCAAGCACAUGACCGAGGCCGACCUGCUCGCCAUGUUCCGCGAGGUCGCCGCCGUCGACGAGGUCACCGUCAUCAAGGACAAGGUCACCAAGGUCUCCCGAGGGUGCUGCUUCGUCAUAUGCCCCUCAAGGGAGGAAGCUGACAAGGCGGUGAAUGCCUACCACAACAAGCGCACGCUCUCUGGGGCAUCGAGUCCUUUGCAAGUAAAAUAUGCUGAUGGAGAGUUGGAGAGGCUGGAACAUAAGCUUUUUAUCGGAAUGCUUCCGAAAAAUGUAACGGACACUGAGUUGACUGAUUUGUUUUCGAAAUAUGGGAAUGUCAAGGAUUUGCAAAUUUUGAGAGGUUCACAACAAACAAGCAAAGCUGGCUGUGCCUUCAUUAAAUAUCAAACAAAAGAUCAAGCAUUGGCAGCUAUUGAAGCUCUAAACGGGAAACACAAAAUAGAGGGUUCUAGUGUGCCGUUGGUUGUCAAAUGGGCCGAUACAGAAAAGGAAAGGCAGGCUCGGAAAGCACAAAAAGCUCAGUUACAGCUAUCUAAUAUGCCCAAUGCAAGUCCAAUGCAGCAGUCUUCAGUAUUUGGAGCUUUACAGAUGGGAUAUAUGCCUCAAUACAAUGGAUUUGGCUAUCAGCCACCAGGAACAUAUGGACUUAUGCAGUACCCUCUAUCUCCUAUGCAAAAUCAAGGCCCCUUCCAGAAUAUGGUUCAACCUCUUAAUCAAGCGAACUCAAUAAGAGGAGUCAAUCCUGAACUGUCUCCCAGUUCAGUUCAAAAGUCAUUUAAUGCAAUGCAGUUAGGCAGCCCUUAUCCUGCUAUCCCUGGUAUGCAGUAUCCUGGAUCAUAUCCUGGUGGUCCCAUGAACAAUCGUCCUUUUGGAAAUUCUCACAAUUCAAUUUCGAUUAAAGUUCCAAAUUCGAAUGCCAAUUCCGCCAUUUCUUCUAGUCCCAGCAGCAAUGCUGGUGGACAGGUUGAAGGUCCUCCUGGAGCCAAUCUAUUUAUUUAUCAUAUCCCACAAGACUAUGGUGACCAAGAGCUUUCCAGUGCCUUUCAGAGUUUUGGUAGAGUACUAAGUGCUAAGGUGUUUGUAGACAAAGCAACGGGCGUCAGCAAAUGCUUUGGUUUUGUGAGCUACGAUUCUCCUGCUUCUGCACAGGCAGCAAUCAAUAGGAUGAACGGGUACCAAUUAGGCGGUAAAAAACUCAAAGUACAACUCAAGAGAGAAAACAACAACAAGCACAGUAAACCUUAUUGA